UGAAUUCGGUUGGGCUAAGAGCUGGAGAGGGCGGGGGGCGGGGUGCGCACAAGAGGGUGCCUCCGAACCUCAAGUCUACAGCUGGGUUGGCAGGGCCAGAGCCGGCACCCAACCUCUUUCCUUAGCCUACGUCGGCCUGGUCUGGGUUACCAUCCUGGUUGCAGGCACCAGUGCACCCCUCAGAUCCGGGAUCCCAGCGCUGGCUGCGGCCUCUGGAACUCUUUGGGCCAGAUGGCGGACCCCCUCUCAGAUCCUGCAUCCGAGCCCGAAUCGGUGUUCCCACGGGAGGUCGGGCUCUUCGCCGACUCUUACUCGGAGAAAAGCCGGUUCUGUUUCUGUGGGCACGUGCUGAGCAUCACGCAGAACUUCGGAUCCCGCCUCGGGGUGGCAGCGCGCGUGUGGGAAGCGGCUCUGAGCCUGUGCAACUAUUUCGAAAGUCAAAAUGUGGAUUUCCAAGGCAAGAAAGUGAUUGAACUGGGCGCGGGGACGGGCAUCGUGGGGAUCUUGGCAGCGCUGCAGGGGGGUGAUGUUACCAUCACUGACCUACCCCUGGCCCUAGAACAGAUCCAGCUCAACGUCCAGGCCAAUGUGCCAGCUGGAGGCCGGGCCCAGGUCCGUGCCUUGUCCUGGGGGAUUAACCAACAUGUCUUCCCUGGAGACUAUGACCUGGUGCUGGGGGCUGAUAUCGUGUAUCUGGAGCCCACCUUCCCACUGCUGCUGGGGACCCUCCAACACCUGUGCGGGACCCAUGGCACCAUCUAUCUGGCCUCCAAGAUGAGAGAGGAGCAUGGGACAGAGAGCUUCUUUCAGCAACUCCUGCCCCAGCAUUUUCAACUGGAGCUGGCCCAGCGGGAUGAGGAUGAGAAUGUCAACAUCUAUAGGGCCAGGCACAGGGAACCAAGACCUGCUUGAUGUCACCUUCUGCUCCUUUGAACUCCUUGUCCUAAUGAAGGAACUGCCAUGUCUCCAAAGCCAGAAACAUAAGGACCAAAAAGGAUGGAUUUCCCUUGCCUUUCUGUUUCCUCCUUCCCUCUUAGUUCCCCCAGAUUCUCUUGGGCAGGUGCAAGGAGGUGCCUGCUUGCUAGGAAUCCUAGAGCCCUAGCAACACUGGGUUAGAGUGCAAAGGAAGUUCCCAGCUCUUGUUCUCAGCAGAGGAAGAUGGGAAGGUAUCCAGGGUUUUUAGGGUGGUGGGGGGAAGUAAAUGGGAUGUGAGAGCAGGGGCUACAGAGAGACUAUCAUUGAUUACUUCCUCUCCUGCUGUUGUCCUUUUAUACAGAAUAGAUUUGCGGGGGUGGGGGGGGGGAGGAUGCAGAUUCUACUGGAAUUUUUUUAAAAGGAAAAAAACAUAAGCAUUAAAUAUCUCUUCUGCAUCCAAGGAAAUCAGGCUUUUGUUGGGGGGCUGGAAGGAAGAAGCCUCAGACCACCCACUUCUUGCUUCUAGAGUCUGGUGGGCCCAUGGCUCCAACUGGGUCAAGUUCUCCCGGGCCUGAAGCUGGGGAUAGGCAGCAGAGCUGUCCUCUGGACUGUAACUUCAUCCUUUUCGGAGCUGGGGUCCUGACCACUGAGUACUAGGUUCUUCUUCUCUUUAAGUUUCCAAGUCCUGUCAGUCCUUCUUUCCUAAUGUGUUUUACCUUCAGCUCUUUUCUCUUCCCACUGUGGAACCUCUGGUUGGGGUUCUCCUUACUUAAUCCUUGGGCCACAUAUCACCUCCUCUGGACUCCUGGACUUCAACUCUUGUGAUCUUCCAAAGUCAGCUCUGCUUAGCUUCUGCUGCUGCCUGCAGAAGUAAGAGUAAGCUCCUCUGCUGGGUACUCAGUCUACCCUCUGCUUCAUGUCCUACUGGUUUCCAACAUGAUUGCAACCUUGGACCAAAUUGCGUAAGGUCUACUAUUUGUUCCCUAAAUCCAUACCAAGAUUCCCUCACUUAUUUCUUCUUCUUCUCCUUCUCCUUCUCGUUCUCCUUCUCCUUCUUCUUCUCGUUCUCCUCCUCCUCCUCUUCCUCCUGCUUCUCCUUUUUUUAAUGAUUCCCUCCCUAGAAGGGCUAUUUCUACCUGUUAAAAUCUUCAUUACGCUUAGCCUAUAUGCUGAAAAAAGCUUUUCCUGAGCCACCUGUUUGGAUGUAAUUUAUUUCUCCCUUGACACUCUUUAACUGUUUGUUCAUCUAAUGGGACUUAACUUGUCUUGUGUGGUCAUAUGUCUGCUCCCUAUUUUUUUCACCAUUAGAUUACCUUGGAGGGUAGGGCUGUGGUUUACUUACUUAUAAUUCCCUGAAGCCUAGCACAGUUCCUGGCACAACGUAGGUGUUCAGUAAAUAUUUUGUUCAUUCAACAAAUAUUUAUUGGGUUUAUUGGAGGGAUUGCACCACGACCUCCUUAGGCAGCCUCUGGCAAAUUUCUGAACCUACCCACCUACCUCACAAUUUUGUCUUGAGUCAUAAGUCGAUAAUAAAUAUGAAAGCGCAUUUGAAGUAAACAAAGUGUCACCACAUGCCUUGUACUGUUAUUUUGUGACGGCU